AUGAAGUUAACGCGAAAGCAAGUUCUAUCCAGGGCAAAAGCUUCCGAGUUAGAUAGUGUGAGGAAACUGAACUGCUGGGGAAGCCGUCUUACAGAUAUUUCAAUAUGUCAUGAGCUUCCAAACAUUGAAGUUAUGACUUUGAGUGUAAAUAGCAUUUCCACCCUUGAACCAAUUAGCCAUUGCCAAAAUCUGACUGAGGUGUAUUUGAGAAAGAAUAAUAUCUCCAACUUGGGUGAACUUUACUACCUUAAGCUGCUACCAAGACUGAAAAUACUGUGGUUAUCAGAGAACCCAUGCUGCAGCCCAGAUCCUUAUAGAUACAGAAUGACAGUCCUGAGAAACCUGCCCAACCUUCAAAAGCUUGACAAUCAAGCUGUGACAGCAGAUGAGGUCUCCCAAGCCACUACAGAAGGUGAAGAGUUUAUAGCUGCUCCAACUGUAAUUUCUAGCUCAGAAAAUGGUCACUCGGGACCAACAACAGAACGGAAUGGGGCUGACGUUACAACAGAAUCUGAAAGUGACUUGCUAAAUUUCAGCAUGGAAGAAACAAAUAAAAUACGUGAACAGCUAGGCAUGAAGCCAUUACCAAGAGACAAAUUUUCUCUCUUUGCUUCCCCAAUAGAAACUGAUGCAGGAAGAAAGAAAAAGAAUAAUGUCCUUAAUGCAAUUUUGCUGCUGCUCAAGGACCUAGACACAGAAGAUUUGGAAAUUGUUCAGAGAACCGCAGGGAAUAGGAUUCAUCAGCUACAGAGAAAAGAGCUCCAGCAGGAGAGAUAA